UUUCAAUUAAAUUUCGAGUUAAAAUAAAUGAGUCAAAUUCUCAUUUAUCAAAACCAGUUUUCAUGGCCUACCAAUCACCCUAAUGAUAUCAAAAUACACGAUACCACCAAUCGACAGGCGUUCACUUCCCAAAAUUUUUGGUUAAUUCCUUUGAUUUCAAUAUUCUUCUGCUUUCCACCACCUAUUCCAUUUUGUUUUCCUCUAGCAAUCAAUACUCUUUGAAAUUUGAUUCUUGUACGAAAAUGGAAAACCCCAACGGCAAGGCAGCUGCCGACACCACCACUGGCGCCGGCGCGGAAGGAAACCCUAGUAAUGAUGCCCCCCGCGUAGGAGACGGCGAGGAUAAUCGCCGGCGGCGAACUCCUUUUACGGACCUCAGUCAAGUCGAUGCGGAUCUUGCGCUUGCCCGUACUCUCCAAGAACAGGAAAGAGCUUAUAUGAUGUUAAGAAUGAAUUCUGGUAUUGGCAGUGAUUACGAAAGUUGGGAAGCUGAGAGUUAUGGGAAUGAAGAUGUUUUCGACAAUGAUGAUUUUGAGGAUGCCAGUGGAGAAGAUUAUGAUGGUUCUGAUGUGGAAGUUGAUGAUGAGACAGAAGAUGCAUUUGGUGUGCAUGCUCCUGAAGCAGGAGAUGAAAGUGGCAAUGAAAAUGCUGAAUUAGAUCCGUCGGCCUUUCCAAGUGACGAGGCCUAUGCUAGAGCCUUGCAAGAUGCUGAAGAGCGGGAACUGGCAGCUAGAUUGCUAGCCCUGGCGGGGAUCAAUAACAUGGUUGCUGAAGAUGAAGAUGAAGAUGAAGGUGAAGAUGAGGAAGAAGAGGAACAUGAUGGUAAUCUUCAGGACACAUGGGAGGAGGUUGACCCAGACGAACUCUCAUACGAGGAGUUGAUUGCACUUGGUGAUGUUGUUGGAACCGAGAGUCGGGGCCUUUCUGAAGAUACAAUUGCUUCGCUGCCUUCCAUAAAGUAUCAAUCACAAGGCACUCAUGAAGGAAGUGAUUCGUUUGUCCUGUAUGCAGUGCUGAAGUGUCAACUCCAGGGAGAAUCUAGUGUACCUCAGCAAGCUAAAGAUAUCUGGCGUUCUGACGCAAAAAGAAGAUUCUGUUAUUGUUAUGGCACUGUAAUGUCCCAUUCGCGAAAUAAAGGACUAGACGAAAGAAUUGUAUCAUUGCAUGUUUCUGCCCGACUUAAUCGUUAUAUAUCAACCACAAUUGAAGUUAGCUCAUGUUCGUUUCACGUAAUUGGACAUUUUGAAAAAUUCAGUGUUUGUGUGUGUAUGAGCGUGGGUGGGUUGGCUUGUGGCACAUGAUUUUUAUCCUUGGAAGGGAGAAAAGGAAAAGCUG